GCGGUCACGUGAACGGCGGCGGCACAGUCAGCUGAUCGCGGCGCGAUGGAGUUUCUGCUGGGGAACCCGUUCAGCACCCCGGUGGGGCAGAGCCUCGAGAGAGCUACUGAUGGAUCCUUGCGGGGUGAGGACUGGUCUCUCAACAUGGAGAUCUGUGACAUUAUUAAUGAGACUGAAGAAGGGCCCAAAGAUGCCUUCCGAGCCAUCAAGAAGAGAAUUGUAGGGAAUAAGAAUUUCCACGAAGUUAUGCUGGCUUUGACGGUCUUGGAGACAUGUGUCAAAAACUGUGGCCAUCGCUUCCAUAUCCUUGUAGCCAGCCAGGACUUUGUAGAAAGCGUCCUGGUGAGAACAAUCCUGCCGAAGAAUAACCCACCUGCCAUAGUACACGACAAGGUGCUGACCCUCAUCCAGUCCUGGGCGGAUGCUUUCCGCAGCUCACCGGACUUAACUGGUGUUGUUGCUGUCUAUGAAGACCUUAGACGGAAAGGCCUUGAGUUUCCCAUGACUGAUCUGGACAUGCUGUCACCCAUCCACACACCACGAAGGUCUGUGUAUAGCUCCAAAUCCCAGUCUGGACAGAACUCACCUGCAGUCAACUCCCCUCAGCAGAUGGAGUCCAUCCUCCACCCUGUCACCUUGCCUUCUGGGAGAGACACAUCCAGCAAUGCACCCAUCACACCCACACAAGAGCAGAUCAAGAAGCUGCGCAGUGAGCUGGAAGUGGUGAAUGGGAAUGUGAAGGUCAUGUCAGAGAUGCUGACAGAGCUGGUGCCAUCCCAGGCUGAGACUUCUGACUUGGAACUGCUGCAAGAGCUGAAUCGGACAUGCAGAGCCAUGCAGCAGCGUGUACUAGAGCUCAUUCCCCGUGUCCAGCAUGAGCAGCUUACUGAGGAGCUACUCCUCAUCAAUGACAACCUCAACAAUGUGUUUCUGCGCCAUGAAAGGUUUGAGCGUGUUCGGACAGGACAGCCUGUUAAGGCACCAAGUGAGGCAGAGAAUAACUUGAUUGAUCUGAGACCCAGCACUCCCUCUGCAGUGAGACAACCUGAAGUCACCAACAACCUCUCCUCUCAGCUGGCUGGAAUGACCCUGGGCUCAAGGAGCGUGAGUGCAGGGCUGCACUCCCUCGACACCUCUGGCAAGCUGGAGGAAGAGUUUGACAUGUUUGCAGUGACCCGUGGCAGCUCACUGGCUGAGCAACGCAGAGAGGUAAAGUACGAAGAUCCCCAAGCUGCCAAAGGACUUGCUGGUGCCCUGGAUGCCCGGCAGCAGAACACAGGAGCGGUGCCAGUUCCCCAGGCAAAUUUCAUGGAAGACAUAGAGAAGUGGCUGUCUACUGACGUGGGAGAGUCAGACGAUGGAAAAGGUGUCACCAGCGAAGAGUUUGACAAGUUUCUGGAAGAACGAGCAAAAGUUGCAGACCGACUGCCCACUUUGUCCAGCUCUUCAGCAGGGACGUCUGUCUCCCCUGCUGCUGCCAGCCGUCAUCAGAAGCAAGCAAAAGAAGAUGAUGCUAUGUUUGCCUUGUGAAAGCAACUGACUGGUGUGCUGUGGAGCAAGAGGCUGUGUGUGCUGUUUCGCUCGCCUCCAACCAGGGGCCAGCAGGGGAAGGACUCUGUCCCCUUCCUCCACUCUCUUCCUGUUUUCUUUUUGAGUUGUUUUUAUUUUAAAGCUGCUUUCAGAUAAUUAUUGUUGUGUUCAGGGAUGUCACACGGCAGGCUUGUGAAGAGGGUUUUCAAAGCUGCUAGAGAACAUGGCAGUUCAGUGGGCGGCUUUUUUGGUAUGGUGUGGGUAAAGCAGAAACUCCCCAUCCUCCUCUCCAGUGAGUCAAUCAGAGAUCUUGCCCAAGAAAGAGGAGAGCCUGCAUCCUGCUGCUGAAAUCAUGCCUGCCUGCCUCUUUCCUAGCUCCAUCUCUAGAGUGGGCCUCCAGCCCUCUGUCUACCGCUGUUAGCCUGGAAAGCAAAGGGGGUACCACACGCUACAGGUGGCAGAGGAAAAACACUAACGGCAGUGGAGCGCUAUUGCUCUAGAUUUUCUUGCACAAAUGCUUGUGGUUUGCAGCACCUCACUUGCAACCCCUUCUCUUCCUUUCCUUCCCAUCAGUUUAUCUGGAAUCCUACUCACAGCCCUUGUUUCCGUUGCUUACCAGCCAGUUACCAAAGCCCCUGGCAGCAAGCAGGCCUUGAGCUGCAAGUGGUACGCAGCCUGCAGGCUGAAGGGGCUGUCUGCUGUGGGUUAGGAUGUUCCUUCAGCAAACCCUUUGCAGUUAAUUUAAUUCCCCUAUUGCUAUCCUUUCCUUCCUUCUUUCCCCAAUAUGACCCUGCCUCCAUCUUGCUUCCACUGAUGCCUUCAACCACAUCUCGCUGUGGUGCAGGGAGGAUCUCUUAGCCUCAGAUCCAGCCAACAGCUGUUGACUCCCUGUGUGCCAUGGCAGAGAGCUGUGUUCCCUAAAGCAGAAGGCCCUCAUAGGGACUGUUACACUGGUGGGAGCAAUGCUGUUGCUGGGAGAGCUUGUUCAAGCUGGUGAGCGCAAGAGGGGAAGUGAGACAUCAGUCAUCUCGCAACAGCAAAGCAGCCCUACAGCAGCCGGGAGUGACUUGCACAUGGGGGAGAAACCCCUUCUGAGCAAACCACACACAGUGCCUGAUCCUGUAUGGCAGCUGGGGAGAUGGGUGCCGAGCCUGGGGCUCCUGCUCAUGGGAUUUCCUGUUGAACGUGGGAGAGUUGCCUUUUUUAUUGCACAUUAAAGGAGCAAACUCUUGAACCUCCGCUGAA